UUGUAUUCGAGAAGAUGGCGGCGUCCAAGGUGAAGCAGGACAUGCCUCCUCCGGGAGGUUAUGGACCUUUUGAUUACAAGAGAAAUCUUCCGAAACGGGGACUCUCUGGUUAUAGUAUGUUUGGCAUCGGUAUUGGAAUCAUGAUUUUCGGAUACUGGAGACUUUUUAAAUGGAACAGAGAGAGGAGGCGACUGCAGAUCGAGGAGCUGGAGGCUCGGAUAGCACUUCUUCCUCUGCUGCAGGCAGAGAACGACCGGAGGACACUUCGGUUGCUGAGGGAGAAUUUGGAAGAGGAGGCCAAGGUCAUGAAGGAUGUACCUGGCUGGAAGGUUGGUGAGAAUGUCUUCCACACGGACCGCUGGGUCACCCCGCUCAUAGACGAGCUGUACCACCUCCGGCCACAGGAGGAGCUAGUGCACAAACGCUUUGGUUUCCAGUGGUACAUGUAGGCCUCCAGCAGCCCUGCUCGGCCACUGCAAGACACUGGCCCGACCCACUCGGCAGAGGACCGCGGCCUCGCACGCGCUGUUCCGUGUUGUCUUCAUUGUAAAUGUUAAUUAUUAAAUAUCUUUUCUCUACU